AUUUAUUUUUAAUGCCAGCGGAAGAGAUUAUAGAGAAGCUACACAAGACAGUCAACUCAAAGCAAUACAUGUACACUCUGUACCUAUUGAGCUUUGGAAUUAUUUAUGGAAUCUUGGUAUGGAGAAUGAUUGUAGGAGGUACCUAUGCUUUUUAUUGUUACUUAUUCCAUUUCUACCACUCGACAUUAACUCUUGGUUAUUUCGUAACCUCAGCCUCUACUCUCAGAUUCUCUAGAUUCAAGGAGGCAUAUUUUAAACUCUAUAUUGGCACUUUGCUCUGUUUUAUUAUCUGCCCAAUAUUAAUACCUUUGUUAUUAUUGUCUUGAUUAUUAUGAAUACUCUGAUGACAAUGGGUUGAAAUAUUGGACCGAAGCAAGGAAGAACUUAGGCGCAUGCUUUCUAAUCCUGAGCGGAGGAAGAACCAUUUUGUGGAAGUUUUUGUGUAUUCAGUGGUAUCUGUAAUUGUGUUUAGUUUAGUUCCUCUUUUAUGUGAUGAACAAAAUGAUCAAUGGUUCUGGAUAGGGUACAUAGCCCUGAUGUAUCUUUAUGCAUUUUGUUUUUCUGUUUUCUACCAAACAAGAGGUUAUUUAUUUGAAGUCGAAUGGCUUCCAUAUCUUCAUCCAAUAACUUGGGUUUUGCUGACAAUCUUCUUCACAGUGAUCUUCUUCCCUCUUCUAUUCCUACUCAGUUGUUUCAUUCCCGUUCAGCCUGACCCCAACCUCGAAGAUAGCAACAACUCUGAUGUAGAAAUUAAUGGAGGUAGAAGAGGAUAUGGGAGACGUGCUGAAAGGAGAAGAAGGAGGAUUGAGAGGAGGAGAAGAAGGGAGGAACAGAAGAGGUUGGUGGGUCAGAAUGAAGAUCUUACAUGAGCCAUCUGCCAAGAAUAUAUCUCAAGCACAGAUGAUGUUCCCAACAUCCAAUGCAAACAUGAAUUCCAUUCAGAUUGCUUAUUAGAAUGGCUUAAAACAAGUCCCUUAUGCCCUAUCUGCAGAGAAGUUGCCGAAACAAUUAAUCCUCCACAUGAUGGUCUUAUUGACAUUCCACAGCAUCCCUCAGCCCCGGUUUUAGUCUAAGCUUGGUGCCCAAAUA